AUUUCUAUUCCUAUUCCUAUUCCUAUUCCCCUCUCAGGUCUCAAGUAUGGAGAGGAGCGGGAGGCGGCGGCAUCGAUCGAUCCGUCCGCGUGUGCGUGCAUAUAAUAAGCCCACUUCCCCUUGCCCACGUUUCUUCUUCGUUCCUUCCCUCGCCGCCUCCCCUCCACACGCGCACCAGAAACCGCCGCUCUCUCCCUCUCCCUCUCCCUCUCUCGCAAGUCGCAACUAGUCUAGUAGUCUUGCUUUGCGUGCCCAGAGGAACAAGACCAAGGGUCUUGCAGACUUGGAGAUGGCCAUCGACCACGAGUCCCCGUUCAAGGAGCUCCGCCUCAAGAACCGCAGGAUCAUGGGAGGCGGCGGCCCUGAGCCGGAGGAGGAGGCCGCCUCGGCGGCGGCGGCGGUGCACGGAGAGCAGUGGCCGCGCUGGCUGGGCCCGCUGCUGUCCGCGCGCUUCUUCGCGCAUUGCAAGACGCACGCGGACUCGCACCGCAGCGGCGAGUGCAACAUGUUCUGCCUCGACUGCAGCGCCGCCGCCGGACCCGCCGGCGCGCUCUGCUCCCUGUGCCUCGCGCACGGCCACCGGGACCACCACACCAUCCAGAUCCGCCGCUCCUCCUACCACGACGUCAUCCGGGUGUCGGACAUCCCGCGGUUCAUGGACAUCGCCGGCGUGCAGACCUACGUCAUCAACAGCGCCCGCGUCGUCUUCCUCAACGAGCGGCCCCAGCAGCAGAAGCUCGGCUGCGGCGGCAAGGCCGCCUCCGCCAACCUCUGCGAGGUCUGCGCCCGCAGCCUCCUCGACAACUUCCGCUUCUGCUCCCUCGGAUGCAAGGUCGUCGGCUGCUCCCCCGACGCCGCCAAGGCCAGGAACAGGCUCCUCCGGGCCGCCGACGGCUCCACCUCCUCCUCUGCCCUGCGCAAUGCCGACAAGAGGCAGAGCUUCAUGCCGCCGACCCUGCCGACAAAGCGGCGCAAGGGCAUCCCGCACCGCGCUCCGUUCGGCAGCCUCAUCGUCGAGUACUAGUUUGCCUGCCAUCCUCGGGCGGCGGCGACCAUUACACGCGCAGUAAAGUAAAAGCACUCUAGUACCAACAGAACGCAACGCACAGGGAGUCAGUCAGUGAGCCACCACUUCGGUGGCCGCCUUCCUUGCCAUGGAUGGCACUUUGGUUGGUGGUGCUUCUCGAGGUGGAUGCCAUUUGCUCGCUCGCUCUGCUUUCCACAAAGGGAGGGGGAAAGAACGGAGGAAGAAGAAAGGAGGGUGCUUGCUAGACAACUACUACUGCUAUGUCCAUCGACCAAACAGUCCAAACUAGCUUUCCAUUAAGAGUUAAUUACUGUUGUUAGGAUAGGAGAUACUAUAUAUUUCUGAUAGAAAUAUAUGUACAUGUUUAGCUUUUGUGAUGCUUUUGUAGACGUGUUGACAAUGUAUGGGCAGAAAAAAGAAUGGUUGGUGACGGACAACCAGUCCUAAUAAGUAACUUGGAGGUGGUAAUUAAGCAGCUCUGCGCAUUUUCUUCA